CUCUUUCAGCCAACAAGACUCUGCUCGGCGGAGGUGGAGUGGACGGAGCGAUCCACCGCGCUGCAGGUCCAAUGCUAAAAAAGGAGUGUGCUUCCCUCCACGGCUGCGAGACCGGAGAGGCUAAGAUCACUUGUGGCUACGGCCUCCCAUCAAAGUAUGUUAUCCACACAGUGGGGCCAAUUGCACAAGGAGGAGUGGGCGAGGAGGAGAAGAGGGCCUUGAGGUCGUGCUACAAGAACAGCCUGGAAACAGCCACCAAAAACGCUGCACGCUCUGUGGCUUUCCCUUGUAUCUCCACUGGAAUCUACGGAUAUCCACCUGAGCAGGCUGUGCACGAGGCGUUAGCAACUGUGAGGGAGUAUCUGGAUCACCAUCAUGACAAGCUGGACAGAGUCAUCUUCUGUGUGUUCUUGCCGACGGAUAAGGAGCUGUAUCUGCAGAACCUCCCGCUCUACUUCCCUGCCGGUUCUCUGGCCGCUAUGUGACGCUUACCUGUUCCC